AUGGGAAGAGUUCUGAGGGCUGAGCGAGGAGGGCGGCGGGCAGGCACAGCAGCGGCACAAGGAACACGCGAGAUGGCGGACGAACACUGCCCCGGAUCAGCUGAUCGUGGCGGCCGCGGCAGCGGCGGCGGCAGCACACACGGGGCGGGCGGAGGCCAGACACUCGCGAGGAAUCGCCGCCUCCCCGGAGACGCAGAGAUGUGGGAAAAUCCCACAGAAUCAGUGAAAAAAAGAGAAAAACCUCAAGAAACAUCUCAAAAUGGGAUUACGGUAUUUGCUAUGAUCCAAAAAUGGAGUGGAGGCAAUCAUAACGCGAGCACUACGGUGGGAUCGGACGGACGAGGCUUUCACGGGAUCAGAUGGAUACAGUCAGUGGCGAGCGGAGGAAUGGAGAAUGACGGUGAAGUGGUGCGGAUAGCGGCUGAGUGGACGAGUGACAGUCCGACGUAUUCCUGUGCCAGAUGA